AGGCUGGGCGCGAGAUUUGGCGGGAUAUAGAAACGGAGCAGGAGAGUGGCUGGGAGCUGAGAUCCCCUAUCAGCCAGACAUACAUGUACACACACAUACAGACAGACGCUGUCUCUCACCGGGCUGCCUGGGGAUAUGGUGACCCUACCGUUGGUACUCAGUCAGCCAUCAGCGACCUUCAGUCCGUGUAUUAAUGACCGGAGAUUGACCAUCCUGAAGCCCCCGAGCGAGUGAGUGAGUGAGCGAGAAGAAAGAAGAGGGAGGUAACCGUCCUUGUCAGUGAUGGCCAAGCGAGCUCGGAGUGAAGAUGAUGAUGAUGAACAUCUAUUCCAAGAUCGUGACUAUGAUAUGCCUCAACAGAAAGGUACAAAGAAGCUCUGUAACAAAGUUAAAUGGAUACCUGAUGAGGAUGAGAAGUUAAAGAAGUUGGUAGAGGAACAUGGUACAGAAGAUUGGAAUUUCAUUGCAAGUCAUUUUCUUAACCGAACAGAUGUUCAAUGCCAGCAUAGGUGGCAAAAAGUUUUGAAUCCAGAGCUAAUAAAAGGACCAUGGACUAAGGAGGAAGAUCAAAAGGUAAUUGAGUUAGUUCAGAAAUAUGGUCCAAAGCGAUGGUCUCUAAUUGCCAAAUACCUGAAAGGCAGGAUUGGUAAACAAUGCCGGGAAAGAUGGCACAAUCAUUUAAAUCCCGAAGUUAAAAAAUCAUCAUGGACAGAAGAGGAAGACAAGAUCAUUUAUGAAGCACAUAAGCGUUUGGGAAAUCGCUGGGCUGAGAUUGCAAAGUUACUUCCUGGAAGGACAGAUAAUUCAAUCAAGAACCAUUGGAAUUCCACAAUGCGAAGGAAAGUUGAGCAGGAAGGAUACCUGCAGGAGGCACCCAAAUGUGACUUGCUUCCAAGCAUCCAGCAACAGAAAGUAGCAUCUCGGACACCUCUGAACACAGUGCAGUUCCAGAACCAGUUUUUCAUUCCUGUGUCAACACAAGCCCUUAGACACCAGUACUUAGGUACAGAAGAAUCUUGCACAGAAAAUACCACAACAGGUUUUACUCAACAACCAUAUGUUGAUGACGAUCCUGAUAAAGAACAAAGAAUAAGGGAACUUGAACUCCUCCUAAUGUCAGCCGAGAAUGAAGUCAGAAGAAAACGAUCAGGAGCUUCACAAGAAACUGCUGAUUUCACCUGCUGGUCAAGAAGUCUUUUUGGUGAUGAAAGUUUAUCUAGUACGUUGAGUAGCCUGGAGGAUAAAGCAAGUGAAAUCUGUACCAAGGAGCAGCUCCAGGAGACUAGCACACCAGUACAACAGGCAUCCCUGAACCGUUUUCUUGUACAGGAGGAGAAUUCAGUCCUCAAUACACUGCAUUCAAUUCCUGACUUUACUAAGACUUUUGAGCUAAUUGAAGCGGAUUCUGUAGUGUGGAAUGAGUUAACAAACUUUGACUUCUCUGAAGCAAAUGAAAAGACACCUGCUAAACAGACUCCAGCUAAAUUUGAACGCUUACAGCACAGAAGUGGAAUAGGUUAUCGCUUUGAUGGCCAUGCCAUUUCAGAUCUGAGCAGAAGUACCUGCAGUAACAGCAGUGGGCAGGGUGAACUCAUUCCGAUAACAUCCCCUAUCGUUGCUAAAUUCAGUACACCACCAACCAUACUGAGGAGGAAAAGGAGACUUCGCCUUGGCCCAUCUCCGUCCAGUGAUUGUAACAGUGUUUCUUUCAUGGACAAUAGCACAACAAGCCCAAAAAGUACUCCAGUAAAAACACUGCCCUUUUCUCCUUCUCAGUUUUUUAACAUCUGCUCCGGCAAUGACCAUCUGAGUCUUGAUAAUCCAGCACUUACUUCAACUCCUGUCUGUGGACAAAAAGUUCUGGUCACAACUCCGCUGCGCAAAGACCAAACACCUCGGGUUCAAAAGGAAAAUGCAGGUUUCAGGACUCCCACAAUAAGGCGAACGGUUUUGGACAGCACACCAAGGACCCCUACACCCUUUAAGAAUGCACUGGCUGCUCAAGAAAAGAAAUAUGGGCCUCUGAAAAUGGUGCCUCAGUCACUUGCACACUUAGAAGAGGAUAUUCGAGAGGUCUUGAAGAAAGAGACUGGUACUGACAUAUUACUUGGGGAAGGAAUGGAUCCCAUCUUCAAAAUCUGUGAGCAAGAGCACACAGUUCCGUUCAAGAAAGUACGAAAAUCUCUUGUUUUAGACACGUGGAUUAAGGAUGAAAUUGGUACUCAAAAGUUCACACAGACCUCUGUUUCAGAUGUACAGUCUGAAAGCCUGUUGACCAGCUCAUUACUGAGAACAUUUUUGCCUGAAAAAUCAGACAUCGCCACAAGUACGUGGAGCAGAAAUGUUGUCUUUUCCGAGAUAAAGCAACGAAAUACUUCAAAAGCUGUACGAUUUGAAACUCCAAUUCAGAUGAGCAGUGAAUGGGAAGCUGUAGCUUGUGGGAAAACGGAAGAUCAGCUGAUAAUGACUGAACAGGCUCGGAGGUACCUGAAUGCGUUUAAUGGCAGCAACACGAGCAGGAGUCUGAUCCUAUAACUGCUCACUGCUGCAGGAGCCCGAUCAAUUUACACUAAAAAUGAUCCAGAUUAUUUGGAGCGGAAGUGUUUAAUCGUAAACCUAACUCCUAACCCACCUGAGGCAUGAUUUCGGUGAAGAGGCUUAAGUUGGUUAAAAAUUCUGACGUGUUUUGUAAAAAAAAAAGCUAACCAAAACUAAAAUGAAGCUGCUUUUGCUAAAUGUAAUGUGUGCUUAUAUUUAAAGCCAAAUGAAACACAAUAGAUGGAAAGGUGGAGAUGAGUACUGUCUUGAGUUGCACUCUUUUGUCUUGAAUAUGCUGUAAAAAGAACAGACUAAAUGCUAUUGAUGGAUAUAAUGCCAUA